AGCUCGACGAGGAAGACGCGAGUCCGUGCCUGUGCGGGUCGCUCGCGGCCGUGUGCGGCGCUGCGAGGCUUUGAGCGGGCCGGGCUGGGGUCCCGGCUGUUCGGUCCCCCGAGGCCAUGGGGCGGCAGUGGGGACUCGCCAUGAGAGCAGCCGAGCAGGCGGGCUGCGUGGUGAGCGCCUCCCGGGCCGAGCAGCCCGAGGCGGGCUCGUGGAGCUGCAGCGGGGUGAUCCUGAGCCGCAACCCGGGCCUGGUGCUGUGCCACGGGGGCAUCUUCCUGCCUUUCCUGCGGGCUGGCAGUGAGGCCUUGGCCGCCGCCGAAGCCGUCUUCCUGCCCGGCGACAGCUGCGGCGACGACCUGCGCCUGCACGUGCAGUGGGCGCCAACGGCCGCGGAUUCCAACGGCCGCGCCGACGAGGGCCGCCCGGGGCUGUGCACGCCGCAGUGCGCCGGCCUGGAGCCCAGCCCGCCAGCCCGGCUCCGCGGCCGGCCCCUGCAGUGCCCGCGCCCCGCCGAGCUGCUGCUGCUGCUGAGCUGCCCGGCCUUCCGGGCCCAUUUCGAGCGCCUCUUCGGGGACGCGGAGGGCGAGCAGUGGCGCUUCGCGAGCGUGGCGCCGGACGACGAGGGCUCGGAAGACGACGAGGAGGAUCAGCUGCGGGCGCUGGGCUGGUUCGCGCUGCUGCGCGUGCAGCCCGGCCCGGGGGCGGCGGAGGAGCGCGGGCCGGCCGUGGCCGUGGCGUCCCCCGGGGCGGUGCCCAAAGGCGCGCCGCUGCUGGCCUGCGGCUCGCCGUUCGGAGCCUUCUGUCCCGACAUCUUUCUCAACACCCUGAGCCGCGGCGUGCUCAGCAACGCGGCCGGCCCGCUGCUGCUCACCGACGCGCGCUGCCUCCCGGGCAGCGAGGGCGGCGGCGUGUUCGCGGCGCGGCCGGCGGGGACGCUCGUGGCGCUGGUGGCGGCGCCGCUGUGCUGGAAGGCCCGCGAGUGGGUGGGCCUCACGCUGCUCUGCGCCGCCGCCCCGCUCAUCCGCGCCGCCCGCGCCGCGCUGGGCCGCCUGCGCCCCGGGGAGGCCGCCCUGGCCGCCUUCCUGCCGCCGGAGCUGGGCACCCCGCGCGCCCUGCCCUUCCGAAGCCCCGAGCCGCCGUGGGCAGCCGCGGCCGUGCUGGUGGAGUGCGGCGCCGUGUGGGGUUCCGGAGUGGCCGUGGCACCCCGCCUGGUGCUGACCUGCCGGCACGUAGCCCCUCGGGAGGCUUCCAGGGUCCUGGUGCGCUGUGAUGCUCCCAAGGCUGUGGCAGUCUGGGGGCGUGUGCUGUUUGCCACCCAGGAGACCUCUCCCUAUGACGUAGCAGUGGUGAGCCUGGAGGAGGCCCUGGACGGCAUCGCCGUGCCUGUACCCACCGAGUGCUUCAGCGAAGGCGAGGCUGUCAGUGUGGUGGCCUACGGCGUCUUUGGCCAGGCUUGCGGGCCCUCGGUGACCUCAGGGAUCCUGUCGGCUGUGGUGCAAGUGGGUGACACACCGGUGAUGCUGCAGACCACGUGUGCCGUGCAUGGUGGCUCCAGCGGGGGACCUCUGUUCUCCCCGCGCUCAGGGCGACUCCUGGGCAUCGUCGCCAGCAACACCCGAGACAACACCACGGGGGCCACCUACCCACACCUGAACUUCAGCAUCCCCAUCACGCUGCUCCAGCCGGCUCUGCAGCAGUACGGUGAGACCGGCGACCUGGGCGGCUUCCGGGAGCUGGACCACGCCGCUGAGCCGGUCAGGGUGGUGUGGCGGCUGCAGCGGCCCCUCGGGCCCCCACACAGCAAGCUCUGAGGCUGUGUCGCCCUCUGGGGAGCAAAGCAGCCAUUUGUGCCACAGGAAGUGAGGUGGUGACAGUGGGCUCUGGGCCGUGGAGCUGACUGGCCCGCCUCGUGGGUCCCUGGCCAGGCAGCCUGUUGAGGGUCCAUGGCUGAGCUCUCCCUCCUCCUGUCUCCGGCACGUGAUGGAAGUGAUGUGACUUCCUUGCCGGGGGAGCCCUGUCCAACUGCGCACAAGCUCCAGGCCUGGGGCGCAGAUGCUGACCGUAAGGCCGGCGGUGCCCUGGGUUUGUGUCUGCUCCGCAGGCAGCCACUGGCCGCCCGGCACAGCUGCUUCCCCUGGAAGCCGGGUUCCCAUCUGCCCCUGGGUCUGAUUCGGGGGCCGACGGGGGCUCGGGCCGCCUCAGGACACCUCAGCAUGGAGGCCCUGCUCUGAAGAUCAGAGAGGGGAAGGGCGGAAGCCAGAGCCCUCUGACCCCCCAGACCUGGGAGGGUCAGCGCUGUGGCGCCUUCACUCUGACAGUGCCUUCGCCUCCCGGCUCACCAGCGGGGUCUCAGGGAUCGUGGCUGGAACGUGUUUGGUUGGGCCUUUAGAAUAAACACGUUCUGUUGGAGAAAUUCUGCGUGUCCAUCAGAUUCUGUUUUUUCUUUCUUUCAAAAGCUGAUUUGGGACAGGCAAGCCUCAGGCGGAGACACACACCCUGCACAGGCAGGGUAGGGUCUCCCUGAGUCCUCUCCUGCCAGUCAGUCCAGCCCUGGAAGCCGGUUGUGCCGUCAGUGCUGUGUGGGACUUGCAGCUCCUGGGAGGCAGUGGUCUUGGCCUGGCAGCAGCAGCCAGGACGUGCGGAGGUCUGUGCUGGGUCCCCGGGCGGGUGGAGGUUGGAGAGUUUAAAGGUGAAUAAGGCCAGACCAACCUGUGUGUCCAGGGCCCUGCAAGAAAUGAUUGUCCAAGGCAGGUAGAAUGCCACUGGGGCGUAGCUGGGGGUUGAUUCUAAGUAGGGUGUGAGCCCUGGAGUAUUGUUUUACCAGCACCUAGCAAGUGCUACCCCUGGGUAACCAGCGGUCAGUCCUGUGAUGGUGUGUGUUCUUGCCCUACAUGACUGGGAAUGUGUCCAGAAGGCAAGGUUAGCCUGAAGUCGCACAGUAAGUUAGCAGCUGUGGGAGGCCAUAGCUGCGGUCUGGCUUUGAUGGAAGGAAGGACUGGGAGGCUUUUUUCCUGGCAUAAACAGGUGUCACGGUGCCCAAGGCUUCAUCCAGGUGACUCAGGCACUGAACUGUAGAAAGGAGAGUUCAGCGUUUACCAAGUGAACUGCAAACAGGUGGGGAGUCGCAGGCUGAGAGCAUUAGGAGCUGGGGUAGGAAGUGUGGACGCACUUGCUUGUUCUGGGAGUGCUAAGCAGAGAGAAAUUGGAAAGGAACAAGGCCAAGGUCCCGGGACCAGCCAAGGUGGCCCUGAUGAAGACAGCUAAGGCGGGACUGGUGGGUGUGGGAAGAUCAAGUGACAACCCGGGAGCUGGAACUCACUGGUGUGGGGCAAAAGCAGAGAGCGGUCCGUUGGUGCCCAGCCUUCU